AUGGAACGUUGGCAAAAUAAAAUCGCUGUGGUGACUGGUGCCAGUUCGGGCAUUGGAGCAGCCGUUGUUAAAGAUUUGGUUAAUCAUGGUCUGUUUGUCAUUGGUUUAGCCCGGCGAGUUGAAUGUGUGGAAGAAUUGAAAAAUCAUUUGCCGGAUGCAAAAAAAUCUCACCUUGUGGCAAUAAAAUGUGAUGUCUCCGAUUUGGAUUCGGUUAAUCGGGCAUUCGAUGAAAUUAUUUCGAAAUUUGGUGCCGUUGAUAUACUCAUAAAUAAUGCUGGCUGUUUGAAGGGAGGACAAUUGGUCAAUAUGGAUGUUCGCGAAAUGCAACAAAUUCUCCAAACCAAUGUCAUGGGUGUUAUCCAUUGUACGCAGCGGGCAUUUAAAUCGAUGAAGGAGAGAAAUUUUAAUGGUCAUGUGGUCAUAGUUAAUAGUAUUGCAGGCCACAAAGUCCCGAUUUGUUCAGAUCUUCCGGAAUUUAAUAUUUAUCCACCCAGCAAAUUUGCCAUCACGGCUAUAACGGAACUUUUGCGUCAAGAAUUUAAAGGAUUGGGUACAAAGAUUAAAGUUACGAGCAUUAGUCCUGGUGCUGUUGAUACCGAUAUUAUUCCUGAUUUUAUAAGAAAUCAUGCAAAUGGCUCUUUGUUGAAAGCCGAGGAUAUAUCAUCUAGUAUUGUGUAUGCAUUGUCAACACCACCUCAUGUACAAAUCCAUGAACUGAUGAUUAAACCAGUUGGAGAAAUGUUUUGA